GAUGAACCCGUGUACCGUACACACCUUUGACAAGGUCUCCCCGAGGUCGUCCGGUUUUUAACAGCGACCGCGUGCCCCUUUUAAUACACCCGACCACUCCGGCUCUUCCCUCCACGCUCAGCCUCGUCUUCCCCGCGAGUCGUGCAACCGUUUUCCGUUAGACUUGUCACCAACUCUUUCUCAAUUAAACCUCUUAUCAUUCACAUUCGACGGAACCGUGAACACCGGCGACUAACAUACUUUUUACGAUUCCAUUGAAAGACUCGCGAGGCGCACAGUCGCGUUCGAGUUACAAGUUCGAGCGGACGUAUACAAACUCGCCAUCGGGUUACUUAUCGGACAAGUUCAACCGAUCUUUAUUUUAGUUGCUGUUUCGAAAUUUCAAUCGUCGAUAUAAGUACCACUACGUCAGUUAUCUAAGGUUAACGUGUUCACCCGAUAAUGAUUAAAUGUUUAUAUAUAUAAAAUGAUCGCCGCUUUUCCCGAUGAGUAGACCCUACCCCGUCUCCUCGCACUCUCGUCACCGUGUCGCGGUAAUUUCUCUCGCGGAAAAGUGAAAUUUCCCGCUAGUGUGAUGUCUUUUUAUUUUGGUUCUCGUCGCCGGGAACAAUCAGGCAGCAUACCGGCGUUCUACAGAGAAGUCUACGAGAAGAUCUGCUCUCCCACGAGUGGAAAUGUGGAACGAGAGGUGUUUAAAUCCCUGCUUGUCAAGUCCCAGCUGAGUAGCUCCGUUCUCAGCCAGAUAUGGGAAUUGGUGGACAGCAAGACGGGUUAUCUAACUAGGAGUGGAUUAUACAAGGGCCUUGCUCUGGUUGCGUUCGCCCAGCAAGGAAAGCACCCAAGCGACAAACUUCUGGAGAACUCGGAGUCUCAAGAAUUACCUGUGCCUGCGCUGGGUGACCUCUCCGAAGUGACACUUCUAGCGCAAAGGUUGCAUAAGGGGAGUAAUCCGGCGAAAUUGAAUCUCACUUACUCCGAUAUAUGCAACCUGGACACGAUAGAAGUGAACCUGGUUCCUGAGAAGAAAGGGAUAUUUUUGAAACACGUCGAAUACCAAGUGACCAGCAAGAGAUUUAACUCUGUCGUUUAUAGACGUUACAACGACUUCGUGUCGUUGCACGAACUUCUCCUAACGAGAUUCCCCUACAGGCUGAUACCGAAGUUGCCACCGAAGAAAAUAGUGGGAGCGGACUCGCAAUUUCUCGAAGAAAGAAGACGAUCCCUUUUAAGAUUCCUAACUGUGAUCGCCCGUCAUCCUGUGGUUAGCAAAGAUCACAUCGUGCAAUUCUUUUUCACGUACACCGGCGAGGAGACGCAACACAAAAUCCGGGAGGUGUUCAGGCGAGUGCCGGACGAAUUCGCAACGUCCGAGUUAUCGUCGAGGGCGAAGGAACUGGUUCCGCCGGAAACGUUAACCGAAUUCGCGAACAGUCGCGAUCAAAUCCGGGUCAUACUGCUCGGUAUAUCCCGGCUGAAGAACAUCGCCGACUGUUUGGCAAUCAGAUCGCAUAGUUACGGUGUUGACAUGGCAGAACUGGGCACGCAGUUGAGUAAUUUAGCCUCGGAGCCUCACGGCACCACGACGUGGGUCACCGGUGGAUCCACCAUUUGGCAAGAAAUGAAGAAAGGCUUCCAUAUAAUUUCGAAAGAAUUCAAUCUGCUGUCGACGAGAGCAUUGCAGCAGGCGGUUAGGGAGGAGACGACGGUAUGUGAAAGACUGAAUCUCCUGUUGGACGUCCUGGUAGCGCACAGAAUACUGUGCGAGAGGCACGAACGCGGCGUUAGCGCCGAUCAUCAGCGUGCGCUGUCCACGAUGCUGACCUUAAAGAAACGACAGAUGCAAGGAGUGAUUCGCGGCACUGAUAGUGAUACGGUCGAGUAUUUGGAAAAUAGGAUGGUCGCGCAGGAAUCAGUGAUUGCUAACGUCGAAUUGCGAAAUUGCUUCUCGUUGCACUGUCUGCAUAUGGAAACACAGCUCGUCCACGCGCACUUGGAAAUACUCGCUACUGUCCUGCAGAGCCUCGUCAACGUUCAAAUUCGUGGUCAUUCCGAGCUUGCCGAAGUGUGGAAGCUGAUAGAGCCAACGAUCAUGAAGUGUUUACCGGAAAAGACGACAAGUGGAUCGAACGGAGUUUCAUAGCGAAACGAGAACUUUAUUUGACGACUACUGUGCGAGGUAAGGCUUGGUAUUUGAAAGGUAACGAUGCAAGAAGCUGAUUAUAAAAAUUGUAAGAUAUUCAAUAUAAUAUUCGAUCGACAUAGAGUAUAAUAAUAAUUUCUGACGGAUGAAGGAAAGAAUCAGCGUAUUUAAUUAUUACGAAAUUCAAGUGGACGUAAACGAAAUGUUUCGUGUGAAUUAUAUUCCGAAAAUUUUUUAAGACAUUCCUUGUUAUGUACUUAACAUAUUUUAUGAGCCGAUCGAUGCUCGUUAGGCGACCAGAUAUUAUUGUAUAUAUUAGAAGUAAUCCUUUCUUUUGUAAAGAGAAACAAUUUGCAAUUACGAAGGCUUGUAUAAAAGAAAUAUUAAACGACUGUAAAUAAUUUGUUUACCGAA